AUGUCAAGCCGUAUCCAGAAUAUCACAAAUCAUUUGGCGCCAGACGGUGAUCAAACUACUCGCCUAAUGAAGGGUGACCCUUCUAGAAUUGAUGGCCAAGUUGUGUUGAUUACUGGUGGCGCCCAAGGAAUUGGCAAAGCUGCUGCAAACCUCCUGGCUUCUAAAGGAGGAAGAAUCAUCAUAGCCGACGUCGAUAAGUCAAAAGCUAGCGCGACUGUUCAAGAACUACAAUCCGGCGGUUAUGAAGCAGCCUACAUUAUUGGUGACGCCCUUGAAGACGGCUUUGCAGAAAAGACUGUGGCUUUUGCCCUUGAAACUUUUGGGAAAGUCCAUUGUCUCAUUAACGGCGCUGGUUUCUGUUACGAUGCUGCAAUCCACAAGAUGGAUGACGAUAAGUUUGAUGUGAUUAUGAAAAUUCAUAAUUAUGUUCCUUUCAGGAUGGUUCGUGCUUUGUCGUCACAUUGGAUGGCCCGAGAGAAUCGUGAAAUGCCGAAAACCAUCAUCAAUAUCUCAUCCACAUCAGGGCUACAUGGACAAAUGGGACAAAUCAACUACUCCACAGCUAAGAUGGGUAUAGUCGGCCAAACGAAAACUAUUGCCUCAGAAUGGGCCAGGUACGGGGUUAGAUGCAAUGCCGUAGCAUAUGGAUGGAUAGAUACUCGAAUCACAAGACCACCUACAAGUGAUGAGACUGUUGUCGUCGGGGGCAAGACUAUCCAGACGGGCAUUCCUAUCGCUGCUAAGAAGUUUCGCGAUGUAUCAGAAAUACCCUUAUCGCGCCCAGGGACAGUCGAGGAUGCUGCGGGGGUUAUUCUAUUCCUUGCCAGCCCUUUGUCGGCAUAUGUAACUGGAUCAUGUAUCGAGUGUGCUGGAGGACGAUACUUGUAG